GGGGAGGCUCGGAGCAUCCAAAAGAGAGAAAGAAGAAGACGCGCCGCGGACACCGGAGCCCCCGGAGCAUCGACACAAUCACCGGUCCUUCCCCGCGACGCCUACCCGCGCGGAGGCGCCUCAUGCUGGGCGAGAGAAUAGCUUGCAUGUUCUUCCCUUCCCUGCUUUCUUCUCCCCUCCUCAGAUCAGUGCUGCUGGCAGCAAGUCAGAUAUUGAUCGCCGUGCGAGUGACCAGCGCACAUUUUCCCCGGUGGUGGCCCGCCAUGGUCACAUGACACACCCCUGAGCGGCGGAAAGAGAGACAUCUCCCGUCCGGCCGGCCCGCCAUGGCGGUGGCCGUGCGGUUUCGCCGCCACCUACGGCGACUCCUCCUCCUGCUGGCGUCCUGCUGUGUGCUCUCCUUGCUGCUCUCCGCCUACUUCCUCUUCACCAACGCCACGCCGUCCUUGCAAACAGGACAAUCCUCGGAGGCCGCUUGCUCGCAGCCUCUGUCCAUGUCGCCGUACCGCCGAGCGCCCCACCCCUUCCCCCCGGAUGAGCCGCACAGGCGGGUGCAGACCGAGCCGGCGGUGCUGGUUCUGGUGGAGUCCCAGUACUCUCAGCUGGGUCAGGACAUCGUGGCGAUUUUGGAGUCGGCGCACUUCAAGUUCCGCAUGGAAAUAGCUUCAGGGAAGGGCGACCUCCCGCCGCUGACGGAGAAGGGCCGCGGACGAUAUUCGCUCAUCAUUUAUGAGAAUCUGCUGAAGUAUGCGCAGGCGGACACGUGGAACCGGCAGCUGGUGCAGCAGUACUGCAGCCAGUUCCGGGUGGGCAUCAUCGGCUUCUACCGCUCCACCGAGACCUCGCCGCCUCUCUUCAAACUCCGAAACUUCCCGCUGGUGCUGAGGACCAAUCAGGCCCUCUGGGACUGCUGCGUGGUGUCCAGCUCACCCAUCCUCCACCUCACCAAGCCGGGCACCGACCGAGGGGCCUUGCCCAGCGAGGACUGGACCUCCUUCUCCUCCAAUCACUCCACCUACCAGGCGGUGCUACACGCGCGGCCCAAAGAUGGCGGGGGCUCGGCCGCUGGCCAUUUGGGGCCAGGCUUCAGCCUGAGCCUGCAGGCCACCGUAGUCCAGGACUUGGGGCUCUAUGACGGGGUGAGGAGAGUGUUUUUUGGCCAGGGACUUAACUACUGGCUUCACAAGCUCGUCUUAGUGGACGCCAUCUCCUACCUCACCGACAGGAAGCUGACUCUGGGCCUCGACCGACACGUCCUGGUGGAUAUCGACGACAUAUUCGUGGGCAAGGAAGGGACUCGUAUGAACGUCAAGGAUGUGAAGGCGCUGCUGGAGACACAAAGACAACUGCGCUCUCACAUUUCCAACUUCACCUUCAACCUGGGCUUCUCCGGCAAGUUCUAUCACACAGGCACUGUGGAGGAGGAUGAGGGAGACGAUUUACUGCUGAAGUACGUGGAUGAGUUCUGGUGGUUCCCCCACAUGUGGAGUCACAUGCAGCCUCACCUCUUCCACAACCACUCCUCUCUGCUGGACCAGAUGGUGCUCAACAAGGACUUUGCUCUGCAACACAACAUUCCAGUGGACAUGGGCUACGCCGUGGCCCCCCACCACUCGGGGGUCUACCCGGUCCACCUGCAGCUCUACGAGGCUUGGAGACAGGUGUGGAGCAUCCAGGUGAGCAGCACAGAGGAGUACCCGCACCUCAAGCCUGCCCGCUACCGCAAGGGUUUCAUUCACAGCAACAUCAAGGUGUUGCCUCGCCAGACGUGUGGACUGUUCACUCACACUAUCUACUACAAGGAGUAUCCUGGCGGACCUAAAGAACUCGACACAAGCAUCCGAGGAGGAGAGCUCUUCCUCACCGUGCUGCUCAACCCUAUCAGCAUAUUCAUGACUCACCUGUCCAACUACGGCAAUGACCGUCUGGGUCUCUACACUUUUGUCCACCUGGCGUCCUUCCUGGGCUCCUGGACCAACCUGAGGCUGCACACCCUCCCCCCCACCCAGCUGGCCCACAGGUACUUCCAGCUGUUUCCGGAGCAGAGAGACCCCCUGUGGCAGAAUCCUUGUGACGACAAGCGACAUAAAGACAUCUGGUCUAAGGAGAAGACCUGCGACAGGCUGCCCAAGUUCUUGGUGGUUGGACCACAGAAAACAGGGACCACCGCACUUUAUCUCUUCCUCCUCAUGCAUCCCUCCGUCUCCAGCAACUUCCCCCGUCCCAAGACUUAUGAGGAGGUGCACUUCUUCAACACCGACAACUACCACAAAGGCAUCGACUGGUACAUGGACUUCUUCCCUGUGCCCUCCAACGUCAGCACCGACUUCCUCUUUGAGAAAAGUGCAAACUACUUCCCCUCCGAGGAGUCCCCGCGGCGCUCUGCUGCUCUGCUGCCCAAAGCCAAGAUCAUCACCUUGCUCAUCAACCCCUCUGAUCGAGCCUACAGCUGGUACCAGCAUCAGCGAGCACACGAGGACCACGCAGCCCUGGGCUUCACCUUCUACGAUGUCAUCAGCGCCAAAGCCGGCGUCCCGGCCGAGCUGCGUUCCCUGCAGAACCGCUGUUUGAUCCCCGGCCUGUACGCCACGCACCUGGACAGGUGGCUGGCACACUACCCCGCCAACCAGGUGAUGAUCAUAGACGGCCAUCAGCUGAGAGCCGACCCUGCCGCUGUCAUGGAUGAAGUCCAGAAGUUUCUGGGAGUCACGCCUCAUUUCAACUAUUCGCAGGCACUCACGUUUGACCCUCAGAAGGGCUUCUGGUGCCAGCUCCUGGAGGGAGGCAAGACUAAGUGUUUGGGGAAGAGCAAAGGGCGGAAGUACCCCCCCAUGGAGCCAGAGGCCCGUGCAUUCCUGUCCAGGUUCUACAGGGAACACAACGUAGAACUGUCCAAGCUGCUGCAUCGCCUCGGACAACCUCUGCCCUCCUGGCUGAGGGAGGAACUGCAGAAGAUAACCUUCGCAUCCAUGAGCCGGGGUUAAAGGCCAAAGGUCGAACAGGUCGAGUUAACCGGGAAGGUCAGACGCACUCUCCGGUGGUGGACUCCCAACCCCCCAACCCCCCAACCCCCAGAACCCCCAACCCACCUCCCACCGGCCACCCCACCCCCGAGCGGGACGGGCGAGGACGCAACGCCUGAUUUUCACGGCUGAGGGCAGAGAAGCGACGGAGGAGACAUACGCAGCUUCCAAGGAGUUGAUUCCACAUUGGACUGGGGGGGGGAUGGGGGCCCUCAUCACCACUUUUGCACAAAAACACGUUCCCUUUACUUUCUUAUGGUCUUGCCACAGCCAGCGUGUGGGGAGGCUCCUUUGUUGGAAUCUGCUUGGGCUCUCAGGCCUCGGACACAAGGACCUGACACCUUGCUCAGGCCGCUCUUAAACACACACACACGGACAAGAAGACCUCCGUUGCGUCGGUGCUGGAUGUGGAGAAGAAGAAGAAGAAGAAGAAGAAGAAGAAGAAGAAGAAGAAGAAGAAGAAGAAGAAGA